AUGCCGGACUGUAAGUGCAAGUGUGGCAUCAAGGCUCACGAAGGAGUUGUUUCGUCUGAGUUAGAAUACAGAUACUAUUAUGGCAAUGCUUAUGGAGGGCCGUCUGAGUUAUGGGUGGGGAGGACAUGCAAUUGGAAGGACUUCACUGGUCGUGGAGAGUUAGUGGAGAGGCUGAAGAUACAUUCGCCACUCGAAAAAGAGAGCAAGCGUUGGAUGCGGGAGGAGAAGCAGAUGGAGGUGAGGAUAGGUACAGGGUAG